GGGAGGCGGAGGUCACAGUUACCUGAGAUUGUGACAUUGCACUCCAGCCUGGGCCAUAGAGUGAGACUGUGUGUCAAAAAAGAAAAGGAAAGGAAAAGAAAAGAAAAAUCUAAAGAACAUUGUUACGGCAGUCUAAUAAAAAGUCUGCCACUUAGGUUUCAUAAUGAACUGUUCAUUCCCCAUUUAUUCAUUGGGUGAUACUCUGGCAAAGUCAUGCACAUGGUGUGGUAGAACAUACUGGGGAGAGAUUGUGAGAAGACAAAUCCAGUGUUUUCAUUAACCUGUUUUGUAAUCCAUGACAGUCACUUAACUUUGUUUCUUCACCUGUAAAAUGAAGUGAUUGGCCUACGGUUCAUUUGAAACUGGGAGCCAUUCUAUUCUAUCACUAUAAGCUCUAUACUGAAUGUCUUCUGCGAGUUUGUUAUUCUGUUUUCAUCUGUGUUAAUUUGAAAUUCUUUUCUAGAGGUAAUGUAAACAGUUGGGAAUAAUAAGAAAAACAUUCAACUUUUCUCUUUUUCCUCUGCACUAAAGAGAACAUGCUUGUCUAAGACUUAUGGACUGAAUAAAUGAUCAAGGAAUCAGCUGAAACCACUGCACAGCCAUGAGAAUAAUUUUUGAGACUUCAUGGAGGAUCUCUGAAAUUCUGUGGGUUGGAAACCGCAUGCAUAAGGCUUUCCUUUAUACCAGGUAUUCUUAACUUGGUGUCCAUAGACAGAAUCCAAGGGGUUCAAAAACUUCCGUAGAAAAAAGAUACAAACCUCUUAAUUUUUUUCACAUCAAGUAUGAAUGUAGGCAAAAACCAGGGUAGUAUUUGCUGUUAUGUCACCAAUAAAAAUCAGUUCAUCAUAGUGCAGUUUUCACCGCUAUCUCCAAAUAAUUAUAUUCUUCACUAUUUUGAAGUUAUGGUAGUUUAUUAGCCUUGGCCCUAGCUCCUGUUACUUAAUGCAAAAGAAGCACACCUGUAACUAUAUACACACAUGUGAAGCUCCUGCUAUAUAACAAAAUUGCCUUUAGUGUUUUUGAUAACUGCAUUUAAACAUAAUUUAUUUCCUGGGUAAUCCUAUCUAUUUCAUUGUAUGCAUUUUAAAACUGCUUGAGAAAUAGGCCUCACCAGAUUGCCAAAGGGGUCUUCGGCAUAAUAAAAGGCUAAGAUUACCCCGGCAUGAGCAUAGACAUAAAGAUCAUUAGAGGACCACUAUGCAGCUUGCAGCAACUGACGGCAAGCACUGUGAAUUUGGAAAACUGCAAAUUAUGGCCCUAUAAUUGAGUGUAGAGCCGUAAGGAGCAAUCAGAAACUUCAGUGUAAGAGGAAAAAAAAAGAUGUUUUUCAGAAAUUCCGGAAGCUAAGGAUCAGCAGAGGAUAGGAGGGGCCCAUUUCAGUCUCAUGCUUUGUUACUGGCUACAAAGGCGACGGAAUGACCAACAACCCACUUCCUGUUGACUGAAACUAUUGCCUGUCUCCACCCUAUUGCUCCCCCUCACCACCUCACCCCCAUCAAAGGGGCAUAACAACACAAGGGAACCCAAAGUCUACACCCCUUAACCUACGACCUUCCAAAAUCAUGUCCGGAGCUUUUGCCGACGCCGCAGGCUCCUUAGCGGCUAAGCGUGCGUGCGCCGGCUCCCUUGCCUCGGGUCAGCACCCCGGUGCUGGGGCCCCUGCAGCAGCCGCACCACAAAGUUUCAUCUACAACCUUAAGUUUGGAAACUAUCGUUUGCCCAGCGAAGGGCUCCCAUUAUUCCUGGCUGGCGGUCCAUCUCCUUGCCCGUCUCUCGGGGGAGUGAUUCGGUCCGGGACACCAGGACUCUGCUUGGAGGCCUGCUGUUGCCUAAAAACCCCAAGCGCGGGCCUCUUCAAGAUCCCAGGUUCGAGAUCCGAAUCCUCCAGUAAUGUCCUCAGACUCCGCCCCCUUCACUGCAGCCCGGGCAAUACUAGGGCCUAGCUCCUGAGAGCGGCGCCGUUGGCUUACGUAGCAGCACGUGAUUGGCCACCGCUCCCUGGCAGGCCGGGAUUGGUGGGAUACGGGCCGACCCCGCCCCUCGCCCCCGCCUCCGGUCCGAGGCCGCACGGGUGUCCUCGCGCUGCUAGUCCGCGCGCAGCCUGGCAGUUUGCCGCUUCCUCGUCCUCCAUCCUGCGUCCAUGGCCACCGCUGCGACUGAGGAGCCCUUCCCUUUUCACGGCCUCCUGCCGAAGAAGGAGACCGGAGCCGCCUCCUUCCUCUGCCGCUACCCCGAGUAUGACGGGCGGGGGGUGCUCAUCGCCGUCCUGGACACUGGGGUCGACCCGGGGGCUCCGGGCAUGCAGGUUACAACUGAUGGAAAACCAAAAAUCGUUGAUAUCAUUGAUACAACAGGAAGUGGCGAUGUAAAUACUGCUACAGAAGUAGAGCCAAAAGAUGGUGAAAUUGUUGGCCUUUCAGGAAGAGUGCUUAAGAUUCCUGCAAGCUGGACAAAUCCCUCAGGCAAAUAUCAUAUUGGCAUAAAAAAUGGCUAUGACUUCUAUCCUAAGGCUCUCAAGGAAAGGAUACAGAAAGAACGGAAGGAAAAAAUCUGGGACCCUGUUCACAGAGUGGCCCUUGCAGAAGCCUGUAGAAAACAGGAAGAAUUUGAUGUUGCCAACAACGGCUCUUCUCAAGCAAAUAAACUAAUCAAGGAGGAACUUCAAAGUCAAGUGGAAUUGCUAAAUUCUUUUGAGAAGAAAUACAGCGAUCCUGGCCCUGUAUAUGACUGCUUGGUAUGGCAUGAUGGCGAAGUCUGGAGAGCCUGCAUUGAUUCUAAUGAAGAUGGGGACUUGAGUAAAUCUACUGUGUUGAGAAACUACAAAGAAGCCCAAGAAUAUGGCUCUUUCGGCACAGCUGAGAUGUUGAAUUACUCCGUUAAUAUAUACGAUGAUGGAAACCUGCUCUCCAUUGUGACCAGCGGAGGAGCUCAUGGGACACAUGUAGCUAGUAUAGCUGCUGGACACUUUCCAGAAGAACCUGAACGGAAUGGGGUAGCUCCUGGUGCUCAAAUUCUUUCCAUCAAGAUUGGUGAUACAAGACUAAGCACAAUGGAAACAGGCACAGGCCUCAUAAGAGCUAUGAUAGAAGUUAUAAAUCAUAAGUGUGAUCUUGUCAACUACAGUUACGGAGAAGCAACUCACUGGCCAAAUUCUGGGAGAAUUUGUGAAGUAAUCAAUGAAGCAGUAUGGAAGCAUAAUAUAAUUUAUGUUUCAAGUGCUGGAAAUAAUGGUCCAUGCCUUUCUACAGUUGGUUGUCCAGGUGGAACUACAUCAAGUGUGAUAGGUGUUGGUGCUUAUGUUUCUCCUGAUAUGAUGGUUGCUGAGUAUUCACUGAGAGAGAAAUUACCUGCAAAUCAAUAUACUUGGUCUUCUAGAGGACCUAGUGCUGACGGGGCCCUUGGUGUGAGUAUCAGUGCACCAGGAGGAGCCAUUGCUUCUGUUCCUAACUGGACACUGAGAGGGACGCAGCUAAUGAAUGGAACAUCUAUGUCUUCCCCCAAUGCAUGUGGAGGCAUUGCGCUGAUCCUUUCAGGUCUGAAAGCUAAUAACAUUGACUACACAGUUCAUUCAGUCAGAAGAGCUCUAGAAAACACUGCAGUGAAGGCUGACAAUAUAGAAGUAUUUGCCCAAGGACAUGGUAUUAUUCAGGUUGAUAAAGCCUAUGACUACCUCGUUCAGAAUACGUCAUUUGCUAAUAAAUUAGGUUUUACUGUUACUGUUGGAAAUAACCGUGGCAUCUACCUCCGAGAUCCUGUUCAGGUGGCUGCACCUUCAGAUCAUGGCGUUGGCAUUGAACCUGUAUUUCCGGAGAACACAGAAAACUCUGAAAAAAUAUCCCUUCAGCUUCAUUUAGCUCUGACUUCAAAUUCGUCUUGGGUUCAGUGUCCCAGCCAUUUGGAACUCAUGAAUCAAUGUAGACACAUAAACAUACGUGUGGAUCCCAGGGGCUUAAGAGAAGGAUUACAUUAUACAGAGGUAUGUGGCUAUGAUAUCGCAUCCCCUAAUGCAGGUCCGCUCUUCAGAGUUCCGAUCACUGCAGUUAUAGCAGCAAAAGUAAAUGAAUCAUCACAUUAUGAUCUAGCCUUUACAGAUGUACACUUUAAACCUGGUCAAAUUAGAAGGCAUUUUAUUGAGGUUCCUGAGGGUGCAACAUGGGCUGAAGUGACAGUGUGUUCGUGUUCUUCUGAGGUGUCAGCAAAGUUUGUUCUACAUGCGGUCCAGCUUGUGAAGCAAAGAGCAUAUCGAAGCCAUGAAUUCUAUAAGUUUUGUUCUCUUCCAGAGAAAGGAACACUGACUGAAGCUUUUCCUGUCCUAGGUGGUAAAGCAAUUGAAUUUUGCAUUGCUCGUUGGUGGGCAAGUCUCAGUGAUGUCAACAUUGAUUAUACCAUUUCUUUCCAUGGGAUAGUGUGUACUGCUCCUCAGCUAAACAUUCAUGCAUCGGAAGGAAUCAACCGUUUUGAUGUUCAGUCCUCCUUGAAAUACGAAGAUCUGGCUCCCUGCAUAACUUUGAAGAACUGGGUCCAAACACUACGCCCAGUGAGUGCAAAAACAAAACCUUUAGGAUCAAGAGAUGUUUUGCCAAAUAAUCGUCAACUUUAUGAGAUGGUCCUGACAUAUAACUUUCAUCAACCCAAGAGUGGGGAAGUAACUCCAAGCUGCCCACUACUUUGUGAACUAUUAUAUGAAUCUGAAUUUGACAGCCAGCUGUGGAUUAUUUUUGACCAGAACAAAAGACAGAUGGGUUCAGGCGAUGCCUAUCCACAUCAGUAUUCUUUGAAACUGGAGAAAGGAGAUUAUACAAUUCGACUGCAGAUUCGCCAUGAGCAAAUCAGUGAUUUGGAACGCCUUAAAGACCUUCCAUUUAUUGUUUCUCAUAGAUUGUCUAAUACCUUGAGCUUAGAUAUUCAUGAAAAUCAUAGUUUUGCACUUCUAGGGAAGAAGAAAUCAAGCAAUUUGACAUUACCACCCAAAUAUAACCAGCCAUUCUUUGUUACUUCCUUACCUGACGAUAAAAUACCUAAAGGGGCAGGACCUGGAUGCUAUCUUGCAGGAUCCUUAACAUUGUCAAAGACUGAACUAGGAAAGAAAGCUGAUGUAAUCCCUGUUCAUUACUACUUAAUACCUCCACCAACAAAGACUAAGAAUGGCAGCAAAGAUAAGGAAAAAGAUUCAGAAAAAGAGAAAGAUUUAAAAGAAGAGUUUACUGAAGCAUUACGAGAUCUUAAAAUUCAGUGGAUGACAAAGCUGGAUUCUAGUGACAUUUAUAACGAAUUGAAAGAAACAUAUCCUAAUUAUCUUCCUCUGUAUGUUGCACGACUUCAUCAAUUGGAUGCUGAAAAGGAACGAAUGAAAAGACUUAAUGAAAUUGUUGAUGCGGCAAAUGCUGUUAUUUCUCAUAUAGAUCAAACAGCCCUAGCAGUUUAUAUUGCAAUGAAGACUGAUCCCAGGCCUGAUGCAGCUACUAUAAAAAAUGACAUGGACAAACAAAAAUCCACCCUCGUAGAUGCCCUUUGUAGGAAAGGUUGUGCCCUGGCAGACCAUCUUCUUCACACCCAGGCUCAAGAUGGAGCCAUUUCCACUGAUGCAGAAGGGAAGGAGGAGGAAGGAGAAAGUCCUUUGGAUUCUCUGGCAGAAACAUUUUGGGAAACUACUAAAUGGACUGAUCUCUUUGACAAUAAGGUUUUGACAUUUGCAUAUAAACAUGCAUUAGUAAAUAAAAUGUAUGGGAGAGGCCUUAAAUUUGCAACUAAACUUGUGGAAGAAAAACCAACAAAAGAAAACUGGAAAAAUUGUAUUCAACUGAUGAAGUUACUUGGAUGGACCCAUUGUGCAUCUUUUACUGAAAACUGGCUCCCCAUCAUGUAUCCUCCCGAUUAUUGCGUAUUCUAAAAUAGGAAACAAGACUUUAAAUUUUAAAAAAGGAAGUUUUAUAGUAAAUGGAUAUAAAAACAAAUUUGUGGCAUUUUUAGUCUAAUGCAUGUUUUCAUCCACUAUCCAAUACUGAUUAUUAAAAUGACAUGUAUUUAUCAGAGAAUUCACUGACGUGUGGCUUAAUACAUGUAAAUCUAGACCUCUGACAUCAUGGUGUUUUCUUAAUGCCUCAGAUUGCUGGCACGGGGAUGUGCCCUGCCUGCCAGCACCUAGGACUUCGAGUUGGGUUGCAGCUUAUGACAUGCAUGAUAGGUUUUGGAAGGUAACUUUUAACUGCAAACCUGUAAAGUUCUAUUUUUUAUUUUAUAAAUGAAAAGGGUUUUAACAUGCUCAACUUUAAUUUUUUUCAAUUGUAUGAAGGCCUUAAAAAAGCUACAUUAAGCGUAGCUAAAAUUAUUUAUUGGACUAAAAACUAACAGAACUUCAUUUCCAGAAUCUUUUUUUUUUUUUUUUUUUUGGCAAAUGUUUACAUUCAAUUAAGGGGAAAAAAUAGAACCAGCACAAAUGAGUGGCAAUUGCUGGAGCAUAACUGCUUCAGUAAAUCUUCAUCUUGGGGUAAUUACAGGCAAGUCAUUUUCACAUCCUCUUGAAGUUCAGAGCAUCAGAAUGAACUCUAUGAAUACAUGUGUAAGUGCCAGACAGCUGAAUCUUUAUCAGGUAUUGUAAAGAUACACAUAUGUUUAUUAAAAUUGAAAUAAUGUAAAACACGUGAAUAAAUUUGCAAAACCAAGAUCACAGUACACCAUAUGCACUCUGGUACCUUAAUUUUUUUUUAUAAAUAAUAAAAGUGAAUAUUGAAGCUUCUUAAA